AUGAACGGAGCAGCAGCAGCAGCAGCGGCAGCGGCGGCCGCCAUGAGCGAGCACGAGAAGGCCGCGCUGGCCACGGAGAUGUUCAACCAUUUCUGUGCGGCGACGACGAUGCGCCAGAUACUGGGCGUCUACCGGAACAUGUGCGACACGCUCGCGAUCCGGCCGGGGCCGCUGAACGAGUUCUACCCGAAGCUGCGGGCGAUCGUCCGCAGCUGGAAGGCGCAGGCGCUCUGGAAGAAGUUCGACGCGCGGGCCGCCCACAAGGUGUACAGCAAGGGGACGGCGGCCGCCGGGACGCGUGUCCUGAUUGUCGGCGCCGGCCCGUGCGGUCUGCGCACUGCAAUUGAAGCCCAGCUUCUCGGUGCCAAAGUGGUGAUUGUAGAAAAACGUGAUAGAAUUAGUAGGAAUAACGUACUGCACCUGUGGCCAUUUCUGAUCACCGAUCUCAAGGCGCUCGGCGCGAAGAAGUUCUACGGCAAGUUCUGUGCCGGGUCGAUCGACCACAUCUCGAUCCGCCAGCUGCAGUGCAUCCUGCUGAAGGUGGCCCUGCUGCUCGGGGUCGAGGUCCACGAGGGCGUUUCGUUCGUGCGCGAGAUCGAACCGAGCGACGGGUACGGGUGGCGGGCGGCCGUUUCGCCCGAGGACCACGCGGUGUCGCACUACGAGUUCGACGUGCUGGUCGGUGCGGACGGUAAACGCAACACGCUCGAGGGCUUCCGGCGCAAGGAGUUCCGUGGGAAGCUGGCGAUCGCGAUCACGGCGAACUUCAUCAACAAGAAAACGGAAGCGGAGGCGAUGGUGGAGGAGAUCAGCGGGGUUGCGUUCAUCUUCAAUCAGUCGUUCUUCAAGGAGCUGAGCGAGAAGACGGGCAUCGACCUGGAGAACAUCGUGUACUACAAGGACGAGACGCACUACUUCGUGAUGACGGCGAUGAAGCACAGCCUGCUGCGGAAGGGCGUGAUCCUGCAGGAUUACGGCGAUCCGGCCGAUCUGCUCGCGCCCGUCAACGUCGACAAGGCGAAGCUGUUCGAGUACGCACGGGAUGCGGCCAACUUCUCGACCAAGUACCGGAUGCCGAACCUGGAGUUCGCCGUCAACCACUACGGCAACCCGGACGUGGCGAUGUUCGACUUUACGUCCAUGUUCGCGGCGGACAACUCGUGCAAGGUGACGGUGCGCAAGAACUACCGGCUGCUGUCGUGCCUGGUCGGUGACAGUCUGCUCGAGCCGUUCUGGCCGACCGGGUCCGGCUGUGCCCGGGGCUUCCUCUCGAGCAUGGACGCGGCGUUCGCGGUGAAGAUGUUUGCGAACGCGAAGAACAGCCUGCUCGGGACGAUCGCGCAGCGGGAGUCGGUGUACCGGUUGCUGGCGCAGACGACACCGGAGAACCUGCUGCGGAACAUGAGCGCCUACACGCUCGAUCCGUCGACGCGCUACCGUGAGUUGAACAAGUCAGCCGUCGGGAUCGCGCAGAUCAAGCACCUGCUGGACACGGACGAUCCGGCGCUGCUCGAGCAGACGUUCCUCGAUACGAACGUGUUCGCCGCGGCCGUUGCCGCUAGCACCACCAACGUUGAGCUGCAGCCAAAGCGGAAGCGGCGCACGGUCGAUACCGUGCCGCUCGGGACGGUGCUGUUGCGCUGGCUGAAGGCGCAGCUCAAGGACAGUGGGUUCGCGCACGAGCUGACCGAGCCGGCCGAGUGCUUCACCAACGGGAAGGUGCUCUGCACCCUCAUCUACCGCUACCGGCCGGAUCUGGUCAACCUGGAGGAGCUGGCCGAUUUCGGGGCCGACGUUUGCAACGAGCACGCGUUCAUGAUCUUCGAAAAUCAACUCGGGAUUCCGCGCGUAAUGUCGGGGCAGGAGUCGGUGUCGCUGGCUGGCGUCGACCCGAAGGUGUGGCUGAACUACCUGGAGCAGAUCUGCGAGGUGUUCCGGGGCGAGAUACCGCACGUCAAGCACCCGAAGCUGGACCUGGCCGAGUUCCGGCAGAAGCUCCCGACGGACACGCUCGCCUGGCAGCGGAUGGCGCGCUUCGCCACCGUGCGCGGUGCCCCCACGGGCAUCCCUACCGGAGGUGGGGCCGUCGCGGCCCUGGCGGCCCCGUCCGGCACGGCCGCGGUGGCAGCGGCCUCGUCGCGCAAGCCGAACUACUAUCAUCCGACCGCGGAGGAGGAGCGCUUCAAGCGGGGCCGUGCGGCCGUCGCUUCGCCGCAAACCGACACGAUCAAGCGGGCGAAGAAGCGGCGCAGCCACGAGAAGUCCGGUGGCGGCGGUGGCAUCAAUAUCGAGGAGCGGACGCGCCGGUUGCAGGAGAUCGAGUCGAACCGUGUCGAUCGGCAGACGAAGCGGCGCAUGCAGCGCGCCCAGCAGACGCAAAACUUCUACAAGAGCAUCCACAUGCUGCAGGCGAACACGCUGCUGCGCGAGAGCGGCGACAAUUCGGGCGCGUUCGAGGACUACUCCCUGUUCCUAUACCGCCAGUCGGCGCCCGAGUUUAACGAUCGUGUCCGCGAGCUCGAGCUCAAGCUGCGCUACCCCGAUCGAGAGCGAUGUCUCGCGGCACCGUACGCACGUGGCGGCAUCAACGACGGUGACCAGUUCAGUGAUCGCGUCCGGUCCAUGGAGCAACGGAUCGGCGGCAAAGCGGGUGGGCUCGUGGCGGACAAGAAGCCGAAGGACCUGCUGCGGGCGAUCGGCAAGAUUGACUGCAACGACUGGAACGUGAAGGAGAUCGAGCGCAAGAUCGAGCAGUCGAAGAAGACGACCGACAUCGGCAAGAGCCGCGAGCGGGUACCGAACUGGAACCGGGAGCAGUUUUUGGCGCGCCAGAAUCGGCUCACGCAGCCGAAGGACGACGAGAAGUACCGCGAGAUCGAUAGCUCGUUGAAGGCGAUCGCAAAGCAGCUGAAGGAGGGCCACAACCUCGAUCUGGGUGAGCGUGGCAAGAACAAGGUCGCGUCCAUUGCCGGUGCGCUGCAGAGCACGAAGCAGCAGCAGAAGCAGCAACAACAGCAGCAGCAGCAGCAGCAGCAGCAACAGCAGCAGCAGUCGAACCAGGCCCAAAAAACGGCCGCCGCGCUCGUCCUGACGGCGAGCGGUAUCGCGGAGAAGUGUCACUUCUGUAAGCAGCGCGUCUACCUGAUGGGCAAGGUGACGACCGAGGGGCUGACGCUGCACCGGUCGUGCCUGAAGUGUCACCACUGCCACACGAACCUGCGCCUCGGUGCGUACGCGUUCGAUCGCGACGACCCGGAGGGUCGGUUCUACUGUACGCACCACUUCAAGCUGCCCUCGAAGCGGGAAGCCAAAGCUUCCACCCGGGAGUCGCCCUCGAGGGCCGGCCGCCCGCGGGACUCGAUGCCGGGUGGCCGGCGGGAUAUGGUGGUCACCACUGCCGCCGCUGCUGCCGCCACGCCGUCGACACCGGACGGUGGUGCAUCGAUGGUCGAUUAUCUGGUGCGUGUCGACACGCCGGAGCGGAUCGAGUUUGCGAACGCCGACCACGACAACGGGCUGUCUGACGCCGACGCUCACCUGGUGAUCGACGAGAACGAGUGGACCGAUCGCAACUUCGGCACCGAGUCCGACGAGGAGUCCGAGGAGGACGAGGAUCUGUCGAGCACGGACGACUCGGACACUGGCAGCGACUCGGACUACGAGGAGGCGGCCGGGUCACCGCUCGGCGCCCAGACGCUGCAGCUCGCCUCGGAGUGGAUCAGCGACAAGCGGUUCUCGAAUAUGGUCGACAGCGACGACGACUUCUACGGUUACUCCAGUGAAGAUGAUGAGGCCGACUCGCAGACGGAAGGCGAGGAGCUGGCCCGGGCCCGCGAGAUGCGCAUGCAGGAGGUCAAGCUGAUGCCACCGUUGACGCUACCGACGGACACCGAAACCGAGGGAGCCUCCGAUUCCUCGAAGUCUUCAUCGGAGGAGGUAAACUCGGCGACGGAGAUAUCGACCGACUCGGAGUUCGACCACGAGCCCAACCACCGGGUGCCGCCCCGUAUUUUCAUCGACGAUACGUACUCCCGCAAGCCAGCCAAAGUACAGGUGAAGCAAACCGUUAUCGACGAUACCGGCGCACGCUACCGGCGCCAUCUGCCGGCGGUGCAAAGCCGAGUUGAUCAGCAGCGAACCGGCAGCGAACUACCAGACCAGUACCACUACCACCACUACCACCAUCAUCAUCACCAUCAUCACGAUGUGAAGCUGGAGUUCAAGCCGCUGGUGGAGGUGGACCCGACGAUCAAGCUGGCCCAGUCGCGAACCGCACCGCUCGCGGUGCCACGGCCCGGCGACUACGGGCUCAGCAAGACGGCCAGCACGGAGGGCAUUGCUUCGAAGAAGAGCCUCGAGCUGAAGAAGAAGUAUCUGCUCGGUGAGGGCGCGCCCGGUUUGGGGAUCCUCAAGUCCGGCUCGGCCUCGGCGCUCGACUCCAAGUUCAAGUCUUUCCACUCGAACAUCACCGAGUGUCAGAAGUUGCUGAAUGCACCGACGUCCGCCGAGACGAGCCCGCAGACCGUGCUGAAGAGUGCGGCUACGGUUGCCACCACCACUACCACCGUCGCGCAAGGGUACCAGCCUCCUUCGUCGGUGGCCGACUUUAAGCAGCAGCACCUGCACGAAAAGGAGAACGUUUACGCGGGCAAAACGAGCGCCAACGUUGCAGUGGCCGGUGGGGGAGCAGUGGCCGCGAGCAAACGGGCCUCGCUGGUGGAGACAAUCAACGCGACGCUGGUCGAGAACAAGCUGAACGAACUGAAGUCAAACGAAGCGUUACCGGUGAUGCUGGUGAAGCAGCAGCCGAACGGUGGGGUACAACAGCCGCGCGCUGCCAAAGAGACGGUGCAGCCACCGGCCACGCCAAUCGCCACCACUACCAACAACAACAAUAACAACCGCAUCAACAACAACCACAAUCGCUGCGUUGACAACAGCAACAAUAAUAACAAUAACAACGUGGUGGUCGACGAUACGCUCGAUUUGGUGACGCUUGAGUUGAAAUCAAGGGAGGAGCCGGUGGUAGAGGUUGACGGUGCUGGCACACGGGAAGCUGGCCGGCUGCUGGAGAAGGUUCGCGGUGGCGUCACGGGUACCGGUACCGGUGUCGGCAGUGAGCUCAAGUUCAUCGCUGGCAUGAAGCACGCGUACAUCGACCUGACGACCGAUUCGCCGAACUGCGACCGCUCGCUAGUGGAGACGACGCUGGACUUCAGCAUGUCUCCCGCGAACCACGCGGACGAUGGCAGUGAGCAGCAGCAGCGAAAGGUGGUGUCAGUGCCACCGGAGCUCACCGGCAGUCUGCAGAUAGAUAAUAACGAGAAUAAAAUCAAACGGCAUCCGGGUGUUGUAGUGCCUGUUGCCGCUGCCGCUGCUGGUGGUGGUGGUGGUGGUGCUGCGAUGGAUGUACCAGUGAAUCAGGAUGAGCCCGUUUUGAGCCAGGAUUCACCGCCGCAGCAGCAGCAGCAACAGAGUGAAGACGGUUGCCAUGAAACGACGCUGCAGGUGCCGGAUAUGCAUUGGCCGAAGAAGAUGCUGGAGCAUGGUGACGGGGAAGGAGAAGAGGAGGAGGAGCACGGAGAGGGUGUGGCAAAUGAAAGUGAUAGCCUGUCGGGCAGCGGCUCAGCGACUGGUGCAAGCAGCAGCAACAGUACCAGUAGCAGCAGCACCACCAGUAGUAGCAGCAGCAACAGUACCUCGAGCGUGGAAGACAUACCUCACUUCAUUCUUGACUCAACCACCAGCCCAGAAACGCAGCACGAGGAGCGGUUCGUGCCGCGGCUAGAGGUGCGCGACGCGACCGGUGAGCUCAUGCAAAUCGACAGUCUGAUGAUCAUCGACGGGCGGUACAUCGGUGAUCCGGAGGACCUGAAGCUGAUGGAACAAUUGCCCCCGGACACCCAGAUAGCGGCCCAGUUGCUGCAAGAGGAAAUCAACCAGGACAGCAUCAGCACGGUGAUGGAGUGGACGGCAGCGGCUCGGGCCGCCCGUUUGGACAGAGGGUCUGCCGUUCACGAGCGCGACAAAACGCCACCCACGGCACCGGACGGCGGGGAGGACGGUGCCGGGGUGACGGCCGAAGAGACGCGAAAUUCUCCCGCGCGGGCGGAAGUCGCAGCCGUGCCGACGAAACGGCACCUGCGGUUCGACACGAAGAACGAGAACAAGAUCGACACUCUGAUGAGCAUGCCGUUCGUGCUGGAGGGCGCCGCAGUGGCCAGUAACCGAGGUCUGCCGGGUGGUGGUGGCGGCAGUGGUGCUAGUGGGGUGCAGAAACCGCAGUACUUGAACCUGUGCGUCCAUCAGAAGCCACCGCAGCAGUCCGACGACAUCGAUGCCGAGCGGACGCCGGUGGCAAGCGAACCAUCGAAGCCCCUCGGGUUGGAUGUUAAUGGUGGUGGUGGACCGAUGGUAGCAGUGUUGGGUCGGGCGCGCUGUGCCGAUUCCGACUCGGAGGAGACCGAGGUGACGACACAGGCCCUGACCGAAACGGAGCUAUCCGACUGGACGGCGGACGAUGCCGUGUCGGAGAACUUUGUCGACGUGGAGUUUGCGCUGAACGUUGCUGGCAGGGGCCGAUCGGCGAUCCGGCGGAACCGCGAACGCACGGCGCAACACACACGCAAGAAGCGAGAGGUCGAUGGCACCGGAAUGGGGGUGCUCCCUGCCGCCCCCAAUGAGCACCACCAAACGGCGCUGCUUUCGGCCACCGAGGAUGGCAUCAUUCGAAACCUGGCGCUGGACGACAUCGAGUUCAUGGACACCGGGUCGGAGGAGGAGAGCUGCAUCGAGGCGUACUCGACCACCAACCGGACGAUGCUGCGGAACCGCGGGUACGCCGAGCUGCUCGAACCGGCGAGCGUCGAGCCGCGACGAGCGCACCAACGCUGCCAACCGGUGCCACCGUUGGUUGCACCGUUCCACUACGGUGGUAGCGCCACCGGCGUUGGCUCCGGCAAACCCCAGCUGGUGGAGGCCAUCAACAAACAGAUCGCGUGCCGGGUGGUGGAGUACAUCGAGCAGGGCGCCUACCUGUUGGCGGCCGACGACGCCAAAACGCCGGUGAACGAGGAGCCCCCGGAGCGCACCGUGGGGCCGGCGGGCACUGGUGGUGGUGAUUUGGAGGAGGACAGCCUGCUGAUCAUCACCUCGUCGCAAACUGCCAGCGGCGGCGGUGGUACCAGCACGACGACGACGGCCACGGAGGAGAGCGACGCGGUGACGAUCGUGGCCGCCGACAGCGUAGCGGGCGAGCGGACGGGCAAUAGCGGGCGGAGCAGUGUGACGUCGUUCAGCUCGUCGUCACUCGGCCGUGCCGUCGGUUCGGCCGCGGCUGCCAACCGGAGCGCGAAGGAUCGUCAAGCGCCACCACCAGCACCGGCACCCAGCCUGCUGCUGGACGGUGGCAAGAGGCGAGCGGAUUCCGAGCUCCGGAAGGAGCCCCGCAAGGACUCGCUCAAGAGCAUCGAAGACGUCGGCUACGAGGAGUACGUGAAGCGGUUGCAGCACAAAAUUCAGCUCAUCAGCAACGCGCGCGACUCGCUCGAGGAGAAAAAGUCGAGCAAGCGGAAGUCCUCGAAAGGCGAGCUGGGGGUGCUGGAGGGCCACGAAUCGCCCGGGAUUGACGGGACGGUAGCGCCGACGGAGCCACCAACGGCCCCACUCGCCACGGGUCCGGUCACGGCGCCGGAGCCACCGAAGAGUGUGGAAAAGAAGAUCGAGGAGCUGGCGAAGGAGCGGGUGAAGCAGAAGGACAUCAUACACGAUCUAGUCAUGGAUAAACUGCAGACGAAGAAGCAGCUGAACGCGGAGAAGCGGCUCAAUCGUAGCCGCAACCGCACCAACGUCCUCUGUCAGGUGGCGGCGAACGGCGGUGCCGGUGGUGGUUCCCUCGAAGCGAUCGUAUCGCCACCGGCCGCAGAACCGAGGGCACGCGCACUCGUCGCUGCCCUCGCUGGCCCGUGCGCGACACCGUCUCGAGCACCACCACCACGCAACAAGCACCACCCGGACCCGGACGUGGUGAACGGCACGCCAGCCCCACCCUCGAGGACGGCGGCUGUCGUUCGACCGACGCCGGCGCAGCAACCACCACGGUUGCAGCCCGUGACCCAAACGCCCGUCGGCCAGCUGACGGAGCAUCUGCGCGAGGAAGCGCGCUCGAAGGCCCGCCAGAUGUCCAACCAGGAUCUGGGGCUCUCGCCCGAGGAUCGGUUACUGCUGCUGCGCAAAAAGUACCGCAUCCACAUGCGCGAGCUUAGUGAUGACGAUGACGAUGACAACGAAUUAAAUGGUGCCGGAAACACGGCCCGGAACAAGUCCGAUGACGCCAAGUGCAACGAGCAGCAGCUACUGCGCACCAAGCUCACCAACUCGAAGAGCUUCAACGACGUAUCGAGCUGCAAGCAAUUGGCGGGCGGCGGCGAUGGAGGCGGUGAUCCGGUUGAGCGGCGGCGGUACUCGCCGCCGGUACCGAUGACGGCGGUGACGGCGGCCGGUGGGGCCACCGAGCCGAGCAAGCUGAUCGACUACAUCUCCGACCCGAACCUGGCGGCGCGUAGCGGCGGUGGGACGACCACCGACCCGAGCGGCGGCGGCGGCGACGGGCCCCGGUUGCGCACCCGCAGCAAGUGCAAGGAUCGCGAGCGGCGCAAGAGCAUCAUCGAGAAGGUGUCGGAGUUCUUCAACGCGCGCAAGAAAGACUCCACCGCCAGCAAGGAAGCGUCCCCUACGAAGGGUCGCGAACUGACGGCCGACACGGCAGCGGCGGCACCGUCGUCUAGCUCUGGCGGCGGCGGAUUCUUGCGUUUCAAAAUAUCGCCCAAGCUGAAGGACAAAUCGAAGUCUUGCUUUGAUGUGCGGAGCAUUAGUUGUGGUUCGAAGGAAGCUUCCCCCUAUGGACGGAGUGCAUCCGAGGACUGCUUGAACGCUAACGGUGCUAACUUAACUACCAGCACACCAGUACCAGUCGCACCCGGAGCGGCGACAACAGCCUGCCUUUCGAAUGGCACAUCACACAACAGCUUCACGCCAAUCGGUCGCAAGGAAGCAGAAGAACUGGAGCCUCCGCCGAUUCCUCCGCCACCGUUAAAUUAUCAGCGCUCUGACGACGAAGGAGGUGUCUCGAACGAACCAAGGAACGAAAUCAAGAAGCAACGUGCAAUGUCCAAAGCGUCGCGACAGGCGGAAUUGAAAAGACUGAGAAUUGCUCAAGAGAUACAACGAGAACAGGAGGAGAUCGAGGUGAAGAUCGAAGAUCUGGAAGCGCACGGUGUGGCGAUCGAGAAGGACCUCCGCGGCGAAGGUGAAGUGGCCGGCAAGCCGAACUUUGGCAACCUUGGGGUUGCUAACGACGAGGACCUGGUGAAGGAGUGGCUGGAGAUCAUGCGCAACAUUACCGAGCUCAAAGUGCGUCUCGAUGAGCUGAGCAUACGCCAGCAGGAGCUACAGCUCGAGCAUCGGCACGCGCAGCUGAAGGAGGAACUGAAUAUGCGACUGUCGUUUGGCAAGCUGGAUAAAAACUCAUCGGACGUGGCGGCCGAGGGUGCCAUCCUUAACGAGAUGCUCGAGAUUGUUGCCAAGCGCCAGGCGCUGCGACCGUCGCUCGACGCAACGGUGGCUGCUGUUUCCGGCCCCACCGCCGUUGGCCGCGCGGCGCACGGUACCGAUGAAUUGUACAGACUUGCCGAGCCCCAAUUUGGUAUGACCGACGGUGGAGACAGCAAGCUCCUCUUCUUCCUCCAUUCAGCAUGUGCGGCGGCGGCAAACACACUGCGAUAGUAGAUGAUAGCGUAUGAAGGCACACCCAUCCGUUCACAACGACUUCUAGUUCCCCCUUUUCGGUGCUCAUUGUUUCAUAGUUCGCGUGGCGCACGACGAAUUAGAUUCAACGAAAUGAGAGAGAAAGACAGGGAGAGAGAGAGAGAGAGAGAGAAAGAAAGAAAGAUUAAGCAUAAGGAUUCAACGACGCUUCGAUGUAGAUCACGUAUUUAAUGUUUAAAGUUAUUAUGUACUAGCUCGCAACGAGGAGCUAAACAGCACUCGCUCAACGCGUACUGAACGCCUGUGCUAACAUACCGCGUCUCCAUGGUUUCUAUCGAAUUACCAGGGUUCUAUAUUUUGUAACUCUCUGUUUAACAGCGCCCAUCGGGACUGUUACGAAUUACGGCGUCCGUCUCUCAUUAUUAUGUCUACAAUACGUAGCGUUUUCAGUUUGUUUUAAAACAAAAACAAAUAGUCAGAUUAUUAGUGAGUUUCGUUUUCUUGAAUUUCUUUCUGUUUUGCUCUGCGUGUUUCUUUUUUACUGUGUGACAGGUAAAAGUACCUUAUGUUUUCAUUUUUUUUGCACUUGUUCUCUCUUUUUCAACAGAGUUGAUUUUAUUUGCGAUGAAGUAACUAAUGUAUACUAUAUAUCUAUACACUACAAUUAUUACGAAUUUUGCUCAUACUGUUGACUAUGCUAUGGUUUUGCUUUCUGUUCGCUACUUUUUCACCACACGAUUAUGAUAAUUUCAUUUUUACUUUCAUCCGCAAAAGAUACAAACGCGCCAAAGGAAAUCUGCUGCUUUGGCACAACAAAAAUGAUCAAUAUUAGACACCCGCAAUGUGAACAAUAUUGAAGAUCGUCCGGUAGAUGCGUGUCCACCAGUAGUACCGAUUGUAAAUCAAUCCGUCCUGCGUCCCCGAUAGUUUCGGUUAGCUUUCGGUUAGUUAGUAGGUCGCCGCUCGGGAACACAAACUGUGCUUUGGCGCGCGAUUGGAGUGCUUGACAAAAGGUGCGAAUUGCUUACUCUGCAACAUUCAUUUAGCAGUCUCUUUCUCAAUGCGUAGCCACUUGCUGAAAUGUUUGGCCAUUUGGUAUUGUUUUCUUCUACCCAUCAUAAAGUGUCUUUGGAAGCGAGUUACGGAAACGAGUUUUGGAAUAUAAAAAUAACGAAAAUUCUGAAUACGCACAUACUUUUUCAAAUCGAACUCUCGAAGCAACAAUUCAUAGAGAAAGCAAGCAGGUAAAUGCAUUAAGUUUUAGGGUCGGGUUGGAUCAAAUCCAUUAAACGUGUGCAUGGUUUCGAGAAAGUAGGUGAUUCGUUAGUAUUAGUAGAAGAUGACCUGAAUUGCUGGUUCCACAGCCACCAGAACGCAUCUGAGUUGUGAGCGUUCAUGCUACGCACUAGCGGAGCGCAGACACGCACUUGUGUAACUGAAACGGCGUAGUAAUUUCGGGCUUAAAACACAAAUCAAAUUUGUCAAUGAUGUACCGAAACUCGAUACAAAUGAUCGAUGCUGUUUUACGUAUGUACCCUAAUGAAAACGAACAAGUAAGAAUCAUGACAGACCGGGGACUAUUUACUUGAAUUUGAUUUUAUCGAAACUGUAGAGACAGAUAAUUUAAUUUUUCAUUCAGGGAAUUCAUGAUUACCGAAAACAAAAGGAGAGAGAGUAAAAGCAUUAAAACGGCCCGGGCCCACAUUCCCUUAACGGAACUGCGCACGCGGCACGGUGCAAUGAAGAAGGUUACGUGUUAGGCUACGGUAAAUGUACGAAUUUUUGGAGCACAUAAAGAAAUCGGAUUCACCAAGACAAUGCUAUGCAAAAAAACAACAAACCAAGAAAAAAACAACUAAUUACGGGAAUUCGACUGGGUGGGCAAAUGCGAUUAAAUCAAACUGUGGUAACAUUCAUGCAUAACAUAUACGCACACACAUACCGUUAGAUUUUAGCAUUAUUAUCUCUGACACAAGGAGCACCAGGAAAAAAGGAGAAGAAAAAAAACUAAAACCAAGUGGAGGGAAGACAAAGCGCGUUAGCUAACGGCAGGGGAGGCAAAGUCUUUCCCACCCCACUAAUUAAACAUCCAGUUAUAAAAAUGAUGAAAAAUAAAUAAAAG